CAUCCAGCUUGCCACGUGCCAUGGAUAACCAUUUGUUUUUUCAUAGUUGACCACGCAUUUCGCCACACUACAAAUAUUCAUGAGUGGAUUUGUUUAAGAUGAAUGGAUAUGGUGCUGAUGAACACAAGAAGGAUUUGAACAUUUUCAGUCUUUAUGUGUAUACAUCAGCAGCCAGUUUUCUACUCUGUCUGACUUUAUUUUAUUUUGUGAGCCCAAGAUUCUCAGCACGGAUUUCCUCAGGAUACUGUGGGCUCAGUGUCACCAAAAAAACUGACUGGGACACAAGGAUUGGCUCAAAUUUGCAUGCAGUGGUUGUCAGCACAAUCAGUUUGUAUUGCUUCUUAUUUGAUCCAGAGACAACAUCCAAUCCUAUAAGAAAUGAUGGUGUUUUAGUGAGAGUGGGGGUAGCCAUUACAUUAGGGUACAUUUUAGCAGAUUUCCUUAUCAUAGUUUGGUCCUAUAAAUACAUAGGAGAUUUGUUCACUUUGGUUCACCACCUCAUGGCAAUAUCAGCAUAUUAUUUCGUUGUGGUCAAUGGGGUUUUGCCUUAUUUUGCUAAUGUCCGUCAACUUGCAGAGAUCUCCACACCAUUUGUGAAUCAGAGGUGGUUUUUUGAUGCUAUUGGUCAUCCCAGGUCAUCUAGCAGCUUCGUCAUCAAUGGUUAUGUGAUGGGGGCUUCCUUCUUCUUCUGCCGCAUACUAAUGAUGCCCAUUUACUAUUACAAGUGUUAUUUGGUUUGGGGAAGUGAUGAGCAACAGCAGCUGGGUGCACUUAUUAAUUUUUACUGGAUUUCUACUUGCAUUGUGCUGGACAUAAUAAACUUAUAUUGGUUCACCAAGAUAGUAAAGGGUGCAAUGAAGCUGACUCGAAAGCUUAAAGAUUGUAAAGACUGACAAUGAAAUACCUAAAAUUAAUGUGGCAAGAUUAGAUAUUUGUUAAAUCAGCUGAUCUUUUUUCAAUUUUUUUUUCAAUUUGUCUUUUUUUUUUUAGUUGCCACCCACCAAAACUGAUUUGUCUUUUCUGUUUUUGUUCUUUUACUUAAUACUUUCUGUGGAAAAAGGUGAAAUUGUUAAUAGUUUGACUGGUUAUCAUCAGUCAGUCCAAAUUUAGGAUGAGUGCUGCUUUUAAUUGGUAAGUAAGUAGGCUAAGAUUUUGGUCUAGACUGACCUUCUUGUAGACUAAAGAAUAUUUUAUGGAGACAAUGGGCACAAAAAUUCCAAAUAGCCCUAAUACUAAUUCUAACUUAUUUUAUGAUAUAAUAUUUUUUUUCGCUUCAGUGAAGUUUUUUAUGGACACUGAUUUUCUCUAACUUUUUUAGAAAUAAUAUUAAUUUUUUUUAUUAAUAGAAAUAUGAAUUUUAAGCUUUAAUUGAUAUGUGUGACAAAAAUAUUUAUAGCGUUUUUUUGGAAUUCCAGCGAAAAUAGUAAAUUAGAAGAUUUAUUCA